AUGUCUCUUUCACCGGAACAACACUACGAGCAACUAGUUGCGGGAAAAAACCUCGAUGCCAACGAUGUACAAGCAGCCUUUGACAAUCUUCAGCCUGUUAAGCCAGCUCUCUUCAUCGGGGACUGGAAGGGAGCGAACGUGAACACAAACCACCCAACAGAGGCAAAACUCACUGGCAUGAAAUGGGCCGGGAAAAAAUUCCGAUCAACGGAGGAUGUCGAUCCCAUUAUGGUCUACGAUGAAGAUCAGAAGAGGAUCUGGAAUCCCGAUUGGGGACACGCGCGACUUCGUCAAAUUGAAUGGAAUGGCAAAGUUUCAACUGCAAUGGUUUAUGAUGAUGUUCCGAUCAUUGAUUACUUCCGAUACGUCAGGGACGACUUGCUUGCUGGCGCGAUGGAUGCGAAGACCGCACCUGGUGGCACUUACUACUUUUACAUCUAUAAGUGA